GCAGCAACACUAUUUGUCGAAACGUUGAGUCGUCGAGUAAUGAGUACGAUGUGCGAUACUGCCGAUGUAUGGAACUGUAGACUAUCGCCCGGCGUCUUGUUCGCGGUUGUUGACUAUUUGACUGUUCAACCGUAGUUGUAGAUUUAUUGGGUUGCGAUAUUCUCGUAUUUCUGGUAUUUGAUUUUAUAAUAUUAUUUUCUUAUGUUUUGAAGUUUCAACGUCCUCAUCGAUAAACAAUCGACUUGUCGAUUGUGUACACUGUGUUCCUCGGUGACCGGAUUUCCCGCCUAUCGUGCAUUAGUUUAUUGGAAGUCUGAGUUCGAUUGGUUUCGAAGCUAUCAUGAUGGACACUGUUUAUCCGAAUGACGAAGAAAUCAAAUUUCGCAAAAACAAUUAUACAGAUGUUAAAGACAUUUUGAACAGUGAAGUUAGAUGUACAAUAUGUAACAAUGAUCUUUUACCUGAAAUUAUUUCAAAGAAAAUGAUAAUGGUUCAUCAAAGUUAUCUAUUUCUAUGUUGUUACAACUGUUUCUAUAAACUAUGUGAAGGAAAUAAGUAUAGUUGUAUCUUGUGUAAAUCCAACAAAGAUCUAUCUAAUUGUAUUAAAUGCAAUCUUAAUGUUUGUAAACGUUGCAUUGAAAAUCAAAAUAUUGAUAAAGUAUCUAUUGGUGUUUUAAAUGAAUGCUUCAAUUGUGCACCAAAAAUGUUGUGGGGAAAAAGAGCUCAAGCUGCUAAUGUUUUAAAAUUAUUUUAUUCUCAACUAUGUCUGCCUAAUGGAUUAUUAGUAAAUGAAAUAGACCAUGAACAAGCUGUUCGAAAAUACCUGGUUAAAGAAGCUAAAAUUGGAUACAAUUCUGUAAUAGAUAAUAUUAAAAACAACUUAUGCAUUAAUUAUAUUUUAAAAACGUACAAGUCAUCUAUAGUCGAUGAAAUAUCAGUAUUUUCUUCUGAUGAUAACCUUCCAAUUGAUGAAAAUCUAAAUGGAUUCAUAAACAUUUGUGAGCAUGUUCUAGAGACAACAUGUUCCACGUUAACUAAUCUUAAGAGAAUAUUUAAUAUUAAUUCACAUUUGAGUCCUGGUGUUUCUGCUAUUAUGAAAUCUUUAUUGAAGCUGGUUGAUGAGGAUGAAAAUAUGUUAGUAGAUAAUACAAUAUUAAAUGGAAAUAUUGGUAAAAAAACAAAAAACAAUACAGUCAAUCAACCAUCAAAAGAACCAAAAAAAAGGGCUACAAGAAAAUUAAGAUCAGAACAGAAACCAAAAAAAGAUACUGAUAAGUUGAACUCGACAAUAUCUUUAUCUUCUUCAAGUUUAAAACCCAAAUUAUCACCUCCAAGUGCGCCAAUAAUAUCUAAUGCCAUAAAUAAUAAUGUAUCUGUUGUUUUAGAACGUUUAGACGAUUCUAUUAUAUCAAGUAUAAUUAGUAAUAAAACUACUAAUAAAAUUGAACACCAAUUGGAAAAAGAUGAAAUAACUCAUCCUUUGAAUUUAUUUGAUAGUAGUGAUAGUAAUGAUGAUGAAAGCAACAAUACAAGAAUAUUGAGAAAUCGCACCCUUAUAAAAUCUAACAAGACAAAAAACUCAACUAAAAAUCAAAAAAAACUUGAUGAAAAAUCUGAAGAUGAAAAAGAAAAUGAUAGGCUGACUAAUUUAAAUGGCAUUGAAAAAUGUUCUAAAAACAAUGUUGUUACUGACAAUGAAGAUAAUUCUGAUGAUACUGACAUCACACCAUCUAUUAAUACAAGUUUGAAAGUAUCUUCUAAAAUAUCCAAAAAUGAAGUAAAUAAAUUGGAAAACAUUGAUCAAUUCCUUUCAGCAAUUGAUGGGACUGACUCUGAUACAGAUAAUGAUUCUCCAAAUGAAGAAAAUUCUCUAGAAUCAGUAAAAGGUAUUUUUACUGAAAUCAGCAAUUCUAUAGGAAUACCUCAGAUUAACACUGAAGACAAUGGUGGUGAUUAUAGUGAACUAGAAGCAGGAAUGUAA